UUAUUACCAUAUUUGCAAUUAUUUUAGUUAUUACAAAAAAAGAGUAAAACAAUCAUUUGAUCUUCUGAGAUGAGAUUUAGGGUAUUUAUUUGUACACAAGAUGGUGUAAAAUAGUAGCCUAGUGAUCUAGACCAAACAUGCUUUGCAAAUAUAUUAUUUAGUCUGGCUUGCCAGGCUAGUAAAAUGGAUAAAACCCACUAAAUACUUGUAAGAAUGAAAAAAAAAAUUUUCUUCAUGUUUACGACCAACCUGUCAACACCAAUUUAGAGAGCCAAGUCAAACUAAACAAAAACCUCACAGUUUGUAACCAUGGAGACAUGCUUGAAUGGUGAAGUGACUUUGGCAAGGAGGAGUAAAAACAUCAUGUAUCUGUCAGCUCUUCUAAUGUUUGAUGAGGUGAACUCAGACAGAUUCACCACCACCUACAACAAGGACUUUGGACCCCAUGCAUGGAAGAAGAUCAGAACUCAGCCUGCUGCACCCAGAGCUCCACCCAGAAACAUCCACACCUACGGCUCAGCGGUCGGCGCACAGAAUCCCCCUGGUUCCUUCUCCUUGUCAUCCACAUUCUGCAACUUUACCCCUUCCAUCGGUUGUCCAGUAGGGAGGGUUGGUUCCACCCUGAGUGACGGAGCUGUCAGGGUGACCGGACUUUCCUUUGAUGGGGAUCAGCACUGCUGCAUCUGUGACAAUGACAGGAAGAUCUUCUCUGCAGCUGAAACAAAGCCACCACCGAACCCCCGAUCCACCACCUAUGCCUGUGAUGACCUAAAAUGUCUCCACCAAGAGUCCAACCAUCUCAGCCUCCCAGUCCCACGAUCCAUAUUCACACAAAGUCCAAACAUUGAUGCUGAUGACUGGAAGAGGUCCUUGUGGGGCUUGGAUCCAGUUCUUCAACUGAAGAGCAGAACCAACCAGCAGUCCUGUUAUGGCCAGUGCAUUUUCUGUGAACGGGAAGAUGAGCCAGUUGUCCCUCUGCCCAGUUAUCAGAGCACCACCCAGCCGGUAGAUCAUCCACAGCAGAGGAGCCUGCGGUGGAAACCACCGCUCACUGAGUAUCAAGCUCAGUUCGCUGCUCAGUGGCCUCAGCCUGGGAUUCAGAGGAAAUGUCAUCCUCCUCCUUGUCACAGGAAUGUCUACCCUUUUAAGCUGUAAUCUCAAUAAACAGCUGAUAGUG